AUGCCUCUGUAUGAGUCUGCACACAUGGGCCAAAUACAACAUUGGGAUCUUGGUUGGUUCCUAUUGAGCUUUCUGAAGCAUUGCACUGGAAUCUUGCAGCUGGCUCAAUUACCCAAUAUUAAGGUUGCGACUGUACUCCUCUCUUAUGCUUUUGCCUACGACAUCUUUUGGGUGUUCAUAUCUCCGUUGAUAUUCCAUGAAAGUGUCAUGAUUGCAAAUCCAAGAGUUGCUCUUCAACCGCCGAGAAUGACUGGGGCUAUGGAUGUGUCAGAGUCAGGACGUGAAUAUGGGGCUAAAAACACUGACGACACCCCUGUGACGGGCACUUCCCAGAAAACUCGAGGGGGUGCUGAAUCUCGAUUUCGGAAAAGAAGCAAAUAUUUAUCUUACCCCUACACAAAUAGUGAACCAAGACUUAAAAGUUUUCCAGCUGAAACAGAAGAAUCAAAGACUCCAAGUCCCACCCCUAAAGCAAAAGCUUCAAGCAGAACCAGUAAUCCUAAAAAUGGAUCUCUUUCAUCAACUAAAUUGGGUGGCACGAGGUUCCAAAAUAACUGGUACAGAAAAUUCAUCAGCUGUAGUAAAAUGUCUAGCAGUCCAAAAUUCAUCGGUGCAUCUUCCAGUGACUUACUUUCAGGAGGUUUAAUUCUUGUUGAUUCUUGUUGA